GGAUAUUAUACAUGUAGGUUUCACACUAAUGGGAUUCAGACCAAAAUCAAAGAUGAAAAUGCAUCAUUACAUCAAACCAGCAAAUUUUAUUUAUCCAGAUGAAACAACAGUUAGUGGUAGCACUAAACUUUUCUCUGUGUUACUCAGAAGAUGCAUUUCAAGAGAAGUUGUUGCCGUUUGCAAGUAUAUUCCUCGUAACAACUCUCCUCCAAUUUUUGUAGCACUAGUACCUCAAGAGGAAGAGCUUGAUGACAGCAGCAUCCAGAUCUCUCCUCCUGGAUUUCAUGUCAUUUUCUUACCAUUUUCAGAGGACAUACGUAGCUUAGACUUACCUGAUGAAAUGCCAAAAGCUUCCCAUGAGCAGAUUGAUAAAGCAAAGGAGAUUAUCAAGAAGCUUUCUUUUAAUUUUCAAAGUGAAUCUUUUGAAAAUCCAGUUAUUCAAAAACAUUAUCGUGUUUUGGAGGCGCUAGCCCUUGAGCACGAAGAAGAAGAAGAAAUAACAGACCUCACUGUACCAGAUGCUGCUCAGAUUAACAAGAGAGCAGGGAAGGCAAUUGAUGAAUUUAUGAAAGCUGUGUUUCCUGAUGGUUUUGAUCCAGAGGCAAAAAUCACUAAGAGAAAAGCAUCAGCCAGUACAGCUGCUGCUGGUGGUGCUAAAAAGGCAAAAACAGAUGAACCAGUUGAUGUUGAGAGCAUUGCUAAAAAUGGAACUUUGGGAAAAUUGACAAUUCCAGUUCUAAAGGAGUACCUUAAGUCAGUAGGCAAGAAGGCAGCUGGAAAGAAACAAGAUCUGAUUGAUGCUAUUAAUGAACACCUUGGACUUUGAAUACAGAGUGGUAUGCAAUAGAUUUACCUGUGUUAUUGUUUGACAAUUAAAAUUACAUUUAAUGAUUAAUAUUUAAGUCAUGAUGAUGGUUUCUUUCUUUGUCUAUCA